GGGCUGGGGGCGGUAACCGGCGGCGGGGACUCUCGGGCUCACCCACCCAGCGGCUGGAAGGGUCGGGGCGCGGCGGCGGGAAAGGAGAGGGCCACCUCGCCACGGGGGGCAGCGGAGAUCGGGAAACCAGUGGAGGGAAAUUCUCCAUGAAUGUAUGUCACAAUGAUGAUGACCGACCAAGUCCCUCUGGAGCUGCCACCAUUGCUCAACGGCGAGGUAGCCAUGAUGCCUCACAUGGUGAAUGGAGAUGCAGCUCAGCAGGUUAUUCUUGUUCAAGUUAAUCCAGGUGAGACUUUUACAAUAAGAGCGGAGGAUGGAACACUUCAGUGCAUUCAAGGACCUGCUGAAGUUCCCAUGAUGUCGCCCAACGGAUCCAUUCCUCCCAUUCAUGUGCCUCCAGGUUAUAUCUCACAGGUGAUUGAAGACAAUACUGGUGUCCGUCGGGUAGUGGUUACACCCCAGUCUCCUGAAUGUUAUCCCCCAAGCUACCCCUCAGCCAUGUCUCCAACCCAUCACCUACCCCCUUACCUGACGCAUCAUCCUCACUUUAUUCAUAAUUCACACACGGCUUACUACCCACCUGUUACUGGACCUGGAGAUAUACCGCCUCAGUUUUUUCCUCAGCAUCAUCUUCCCCCUACAAUUUAUGGUGAACAAGAAAUUAUACCACUGUACGGAAUGUCAAGUUACAUUACCCGAGAAGACCAGUACAGCAAGCCUCCCCACAAAAAACUUAAAGACCGCCAGAUUGAUCGCCAGAAUCGCCUCAACAGCCCACCUUCUUCCAUCUACAAAAGCAGCUGUAAUACUGUGUACAAUGGCUAUGGGAAGAGCCACGGUGGGGGAGGCAGUGGAGGUGGAGGAGGCAGCGGUGGAGGGCCUGGAAUCAAGAAAGCUGAACGGCGAGCAAGAAGCAGUCCAAAGUCCAAUGAGUCUGACUUGCAAGAGUAUGAGUUGGAAGUAAAGAGGGUGCAAGACAUUCUUUCGGGAAUAGAGAAACCACAGGUUUCGAAUAUUCAGGCGAGAACAGUUGUGUUGUCCUGGGCUCCCCCUGUUGGACUUACCUGUGGACCCCAUGGUGGCCUUUCCUUCCCCUACAGUUAUGAGGUUGCCUUAUCUGACAAAGGAAGAGAUGGAAAAUACAAGAUUAUUUACAGUGGAGAAGAAUUAGAAUGUAACCUGAAAGAUCUUCGACCAGCAACUGAUUAUCAUGUCAGGGUGUACGCUAUGUACAAUUCUGUGAAAGGCUCCUGUUCUGAGCCCGUCAGCUUCACCACUCACAGCUGCGCACCUGAAUGCCCCUUUCCACCUAAGCUGGCACAUAGAAGCAAGAGCUCGCUAACCUUGCAAUGGAAAGCACCAAAUGACAAUGGUUCAAAAAUCACCAACUACCUUUUAGAAUGGGACGAGGGGAAAAGAAACAGCGGUUUCAGACAGUGCUUCUUUGGGAGUCAGAAGCAUUGCAAGUUGACCAAGCUUUGUCCAGCAAUGGGGUACACAUUCAGGCUGGCUGCUCGCAAUGACAUUGGCACUAGUGGAUAUAGCCAGGAGGUGGUGUGCUACACAUUAGGGAACAUUCCUCAGAUGCCCUCUGCGCCAAGGCUUGUGCGAGCUGGGGUCACAUGGGUCACGUUGCAGUGGAAUAAGCCAGAAGGCUGUUCACCUGAGGAAGCGGUGACAUAUACCUUAGAAAUCCAGGAGGAUGAAAAUGAUAACCUUUUCCACCCAAAAUACACUGGAGAGGAUUUAACCUGUACUGUGAAAAAUCUCAAAAGAAGCACACAGUAUAAAUUCAGGCUGACUGCUUCCAACACGGAAGGGAAAAGCUGUCCAAGUGAAGUUUUGGUUUGUACAACAAGUCCAGACAGACCUGGACCUCCAGCGAGACCUCUUGUUAAAGGACCAGUUACAUCUCAUGGCUUUAGUGUCAAAUGGGAUCCUCCAAAAGACAAUGGUGGUUCAGAAAUACUCAAGUACAUGCUGGAGAUUACUGAUGGGAAUUCUGAAGCGAGCCAGUGGGAAGUGGCAUACAGCGGAUCUGCCACGGAAUAUACUUUCACCCACCUGAAACCAGGCACUUUGUACAAACUCCGAGUAUGCUGUAUUAGUACUGGUGGACACAGUCAGUGUUCUGAAAGUGUCCCUGUUCGCACAUUAAGCAUUGCACCAGGUCAGUGUCGGCCACCGAGGGUUUUGGGUAGACCAAAGCACAAAGAAGUCCACUUAGAGUGGGAUGUUCCUGCCUCCAAAAGUGGCUGUGAGGUUUCUGAGUACAGUGUAGAAAUGACAGAACCGGAGGACGUGGCUUCCGAGGUGUACCAUGGGCCGGAGCUUGAGUGCACGGUUGGCAACCUUCUUCCAGGAACCACGUAUCGGUUCAGGGUGAGGGCCCUGAAUGAUGGAGGGUAUGGGCCCUAUUCUGAUGUCUCAGAAAUUACCACUGCUGCAGGCCCUCCUGCUCAAUGCAAAGCACCUUGUAUUUCUUUUACACCUGAUGGUUGUGUCCUAGUGAGUUGGGAGAGUCCUGAAAGCUUGGGUGCAGACAUCUCAGAGUACAGGUUGGAAUGGGGAGAAGAUAAAGAAUCUUUAGAACUCGUUUAUCAUGGAACAGAAACCGGCUUUGAAAUAAGGGACCUGUUGCCUGCUGCACAAUACUGCUGUCAACUACAGGCUCUCAAUCAAGCUGGGGCUGGACCAUAUAGUGAACUUGUUCUUUGUCAGACACCAGCGUCUGCCCCUGACCCUGUCUCCAUGCUCUGUGUCCUGGAGGAGGAGACCCCCAACACCUACCCUGACCCACCUUCUGUGUGCCUUGUACUGAACUGGGAAGAGCCGUGCAAUAAUGGGUCUGAAAUCCUCGCUUACACUAUUGAUCUUGGAGACACUAGCAUCACCGUGGGCAACUCGACCACUUACGUUCUGAAUGAUCUUCUUCCAGAAACCACCUAUCGGAUCAGAAUUCAGGCCAUAAAUGAAAUUGGAGCUGGACCAUUUAGUCAGUUCAUUAAAGCAAAAACUCUGCCAUUACCGCCCUUGCCUCCUAGGCUUGAAUGCGCUGCAGCUGGGCCUCAGAGCCUGAAGCUCAAGUGGGGAGACAGCAACUCCAAGACGCUUGCCCUAGAUGACUUGGUGUACACACUACAGCUCGAGGACAGAAAUAAGAGGUUUAUUUCAAUCUACAGAGGACCCAGUCACACCUACAAGGUACAGAGACUGACAGAAUCCACGUGCUAUACCUUCCGGAUCCAGGCAGCCAGCGAGGCAGGAGAAGGGCCCUGCUCAGAAACCUACACCUUCAACACCACCAAGAGCAUGCCCCCGACUCUCAAAGCACCUCGAGUAACCCAGUUAGAAGGAAAUUCAUGUGAAAUUUUAUGGGAGACGGUACCACCAAUGAGAGGAGAUCCUGUCAAUUACAUUCUGCAGGUAUUGGUUGGACGAGAAUCGGAGUACAAGCAGGUGUAUAAAGGAGAAGAAUCCACAUUCCAUAUCUCAGGCCUCCAGUCCAACACAGACUACAGGUUCCGCGUGUGUGCUUGUCGUCGCUGUUUAGACACCUCUCAGGAGCUAAAUGGAGCUUUCAGCCCUUCUGCAGCAUUUGUAUUACAGCGAAGUGAGGUCAUGCUUUCAGGGGACAUGGGGAGCUUAGAUGAUCCCAAAAUGAAGAGCAUGAUGCCUACUGAUGAACAGUUUGCAGCCCUCAUUGUGGCUGGCUUUGCAACUUUGUCUAUUUUCUUUGCCUUUAUAUUACAGUACUUCUUAAUGAAGUAAACAGAUUCAACAAAACUAGAGGUAUGAAUUCAAUGCUACACAUUUUAAUACACACAUUUAUUCAGU